CCAUGACGGUAAGGCGAGAGGGACACAAAACAUAAACAUUCUCCAGGUUGAUAGUGCUAAAGGUGACUAUCGCCACUUGAAAGGCAAUUUAGGGACACGAGCAACGUUGCGGCCUUCGCUGUCUUAGGUAACCCAUACUGUGAUAAAGAAUGGGGGUGAAAGACUGCCCUCAGUGUUACUUUGAUGUGGAGCUCAACAGGGAGCCAGUGGGACGCAUAGUCUUUCAGCUUUUCUCUGACGUUUGUCCCAAGACAAGCAAAAACUUCCUCUCUUUGUGCACUGGUGAAAAGGGAACUGGAAAAACCACUGGGAAAAAGCUGUGCUUCAAAGGCUCCACAUUUCACAGAGUUGUGAAGAACUUCAUGAUUCAAGGAGGAGACUUCACUGAAGGAAACGGAAGAGGGGGAGAGUCUAUAUACGGUGGCUACUUUGAGGAUGAGAACUUCAUUCUUAAACAUGACAGAGCCUUCCUACUGUCGAUGGCCAACCGGGGAAAAGAUACUAAUGGUUCUCAAUUCUUCAUCACAACCAAAUCAGCACCUCAUCUAGAUGGAGUCCAUGUGGUAUUUGGAUUGGUCAUCUCAGGUUUUGAGGUGAUAAAGAAAAUUGAGGGGCUAAAAACGGAUUCUGCCAGCAGGCCCUAUGCUGAUGUCAGAGUGAUUGACUGUGGACAGCUGAUCACAAAGUCUGCUAAUGAUGUUCUUGAGACCAAGAGAAAAAGAACAUCCUACUCUGCAGACUCCUCCCUUAGUUCUCAGGACACUUCUCAAUCCUCCUCACCCAUGGAGUCUGAUAGUGAAUCAGACCAAAAACAAAGACACCGCAAGAGCAGCACCAAGAGCAAGCGGUCAAAGAAGAGAAGGGGCAUAUCAAAAUGGGGGACCCCUAAUGAUAGAGCACCACCUACCUUAAGAAGGCCUGUGGAUGGAGACAUGGUGGUGGCAGAAGAAAAGGAGGGAGAGUAUGGAGAGAAGGAGCAGGUUGUGAAGAGAGAAAAACCUGUAGUUCGACCAGAGGAGAUCCCACCAGUGCCAGAGAACCGUUUUUUACUUAGAAGGGACAUGCCCACACAGGAACAGGAGCCAUACAUUAUGGUUCAAGAAGCAUCUACCCUUCCAAAUGACGUAAAACCGACAAUCACAAAAUCUGGACGCAAGAUCAAAGGCAGAGGGACAAUGAGGUAUCAUACGCCUCCAGGGUCGAAGUCCCACUCUGCAUCUGAGGAAGAGAGGGGACACAGUGAAACUCCACCACACUGGAAAGAGGAGAUGCAGAGAACUAAGAAUUAUCAGCCUCCGAGUGUUGAGAAGUGGAGAAAAGGAGAAAAAUUUAAUGACCGUUCUUCAAGCAGAUGGGAUGACAGUGACUCUGCAUGGUCUCUGUCAACCAGGUGCUCUUUGGACGACAGCUCUGAGAGGUCCAGCCAGAACCACAGACACAAGAAAGAAAAGAAAAAGGCUAAACACAAGAAGAAGGCUAAAAAGCACAAACAUGCCAAGAGACGCAAAAGCUUCAAACGCAAACCUGUUGUCUCUGAGGCUGAGAAAUCCCUGUCCUCGGGUAGAGACUCAAAGGUUUCCAGCCACCCUGAAAGUGUAUCCCAAUCGCCAUCCCACUUUCAAUACACACAAAGAUGCUCCCCUAGGAAGAAGAGAGGCAAGAGAUAUCGGUCUUCCUUUUGUAGGGAAUCGCAUUCCAAUUCUCGGUUGUCCUCUCUCAGUCGUUCCAUAUCUCGUGGGAAGAUCAGCUCCUUUUCAAAGUCUAGUUCCAGGAGUAGAUCUAUGUCUCGGUCUCGAGCCAUAUCCCGGUCACUCUCUAGAUCAAGAUCUAGGUCCAGGUACAGUUCAUCAAUAUCUCCAAGAUCCCCCAGAAUGGCCAAGCUUGCCAACAUUGGCAAACCAAAGCCAGAGAACCUGGUCCAGGAAUCAGUCAAGUGUGGAGAGAUCAAGACUACAUUUGUCACUUCCACCCCAACCCCUGAAAUUACCCCUGUCAUCCCCAUGAGUGACAGUCCCCCGCCUUCACGGUGGAAACCUGACCAGAAGCCCUGGAAGCCUUCCUAUGUGCGCAUCCAGGAGAUCAAGGCCCCAAAGAUGGACACAACUUCUCUAGCCAUUUUUGAGCAGGCCGCCAAUGGUUCGACUUCGAAAGAGGUCAAACCCUUGAUUACUCAAAAACAAUACCCAGAAAAUUCCCACAGUGAAAGGAGCCAAAAAAACAAGAGGCACAAGUGCAAGAGAUGGUCACGCAGUGGGUCGUCCAGAAGCAGUACGUACAGUCGAUCGUAUCGUCAAUCCAAAAGUAGGCGGAGAUCCAGGUCUAGGUUGCGAUCUCCGGGUCAUUAUGACAUCCUGUCAUCCUCUUACAGUAGGUCUGACUCCAAUGACUCUCGAAAGAGAAGCAGUUAUAAAAGAAAGUCUCUAGACAAAGGAUGGAAGUGGUAUUACAGUGCUCUGAAAAGAAUCUAUAAUUUAGAUAAGCAUAUUACCAUCCCCAAUACUCCAAAUCCUAUUUCAGAGUCUGUAGAUGAAUCAAGGAGGGAAUGCAGUCCUGAUCUCAGACGUAACACCUCAACGGGAUGCAGCCCUUUGAAGCCAUCAAUGGAUGGAAGCCAUUCCCAAGAAGAGGAGGCAAAACGUAUCCAAUCAUUGCCAUUGGCGAAGCACAAUAGUGAAUCUGAAGUGGAUGGUGAUGGGGAUAAACUUGGCAAAAACAACCCCCUCCCAAAAAAACUAGGGAAAGCUGACACAAUUCUUGACAAGAAGUUGACAGUUCAUGUAGGGUGGGAUUCUGAGAGUGAAUCUGUGAAAAUGCAGAACAAGAUGGUAGCCACUGAGCAUAAACAUGUCUCGGAGAAAGAGGAGGGUGAGGCCAGUUCAGAGUCAGAGAAAGACAACGUUGUGCGUUUACACAUCAAAUUGAUAAAAAAGCCUGAGAGGGAAGCAGAAACGGAGAAGUACAAGAUCCGUAAGAAGGCUAAACGGAAGCAUAAACACAAGAGGAGAAGCGUCACAAAACUAAGCUCUCACAGAUUGAAGGAAAAGAUAUCCAAGAGUAAAUUUCAUAAUCUGAGAGAAACAUUCCACUGGCAGCCACCACUGGAGUUUGGGGAGGAAGAGGAGGAAGACGAUUCUCAGAUAGAGAAAUGUCCAAACCAGAAACUUGUCUCUGUUAAGGGUGACUUAGCAAGAGAUGUCAAAGGAAAACCAGGCAAGUCUCCUGGCCUUGAGUAUGUCUGCCAGGGCAAUAAUGUUUCAAAACAGCCAAAGCCUUCAUGUACGGAAUACCAGCAAGAGAUGACCAAAGAACUGAACGCAAAACAAAGUGUUCAAGCUAACUCAAAACAAUGUGCAUGCAAAGAUAUCUCUGAUAACAAAAUGGGAAUUUGCAGUUCACAUUUGCCAAAGAUGCUAGAUAACACUGAGUCCUUAGAUGAUAUGGAGCUCUGCAGCCCAGAACAGAGCACCCCUGAGCCUCCUGUUCUUUCAAACAAACUAAAUGAAAAUACUUUCACAACCUCCUCGCACAAACGAACAGAUGAUUGUGAUACUCUGCCUCAACCUCUUCUCAAUCAACAACAGUCUUUAACCUCUGGAUCCACAGAUAUGGUAGCUAGCGGACAACAUGGAGAAAUUGUCCAAGGAAAAACUACCAGAGCUGUGUUUGACCUCAAAUGGAAGCCUCUAAAAGGAAUGGCAGCUGUCCAGGCAGAAAACCCAACCCCAGUGGCUAUAAAGAACACAAGAACACAGGAAAACAUGGCAUCCCAAGGGUUCAGGAUAGAAAUUAAAAGUAAAAGCCGGGUCCGGCCUGGAUCCUUAUUUGACGAGGUCCGAAAGACUGCCAGACUAAACCAGAGGCCCAGGAACCAAGACAGCUCCAGUGAGGAGAGAUCCCCGUCUGAGACUAGAAACAGGGGAGGGUCAUGGAGCUGGUCCACCAGAAAGUCUGGCUCAGUCUCCAGCCAAAGGUCCUUUUCCAGAGGCCGGUCAAAGUUCUACAGCAGAUCCAGGAGUCGGUCAUGGAGCUCCAGCUCUUCUUCAAGGAGUCACACCAGUAGUCGAAAGAGACACAGUCGAGUGAGGUCUCGGUCUCGCAACAGUACAUAUGGCAGUUACAGGAGCUGCAGUCGGACAUACAGUAGAAGCCAUUCCAGGAGUCGCUCGUACGGUCGGCACAGGAGGUCCAGGUCAGACUCCAAUUACAGCUACUCCAGUCGCAGCCGGAGCACAAGCAGGAGAUAUCGAGGUUAUAGACGGAGUACCAGCUACAGAAGCUCAGACCGCCACUCCAGGUCUUCUUGCUCCUCCAGUCACAGCUCAUCCAGACAUGGACGUCAUAGUCACAGCAGUAGGUACAGCUGAGCUAGAGUCUGGGGGGACUGUCUGUCAGAGUUUUUCUGUUUGUUUUCAUGUAAUCAUUUAACCUGUAUUGCUUUGUAAAGGUUCUCCUUUGUAAAUUAAAACAAAAUAUAUUCAAUGUCUUAUGUUGUACUAUAUUAUACUUACUUCAUAUAGGGGGCAAAGUUAUACAAAAUAAAAUAAUAAUAAUUGUGAGAGUUAUUCCAAACUGUAAUUUUACUGGAUUUUAAUGAGUUCAUCUUGGUUUUAUACACUGAACAAACUAAAUGUAACAUUACAAACUACUAUGAUGUCAAGCAAGUUCUUAUAAGUGUUUGAUUUACCAGUGGGUUUUGAACUAUUGGUUAUCACAGCAUCAUGUAUAAUGUGUAUGAAUACCUUACACUGCACAGUUCGAAAGGUCUUUCUACAAAAGGGAAAUUACUUUUAGUAAAUUUGAUGUCAUGCUCCCAUUUCUUUAAAGCUAUGGUUAUUUUGUCAGUACUGCAUUGUUUAAGACUAAUAUAUCUGAUUGUAUUAUGAAUGUAAUAAUGACGUAUGCUGUCAAUGAAAUUGUUGAAUUGUUUUCAACAUCUUAAGGGAAUAAAAAGCCUUUGUCUUU